UUCUCGCGGACGCCGAGAGAGAGACGCCGCGUUCGUUGCGAUAACGACCGCGACAUACUCCCCCGAGUCCGCGAGACGCGGCCGAGCAAUUGGGCUACUUCGUGUUGGGGUGCGGGGCCUCGGACGUCACCUCCAUAGCCUCGAUCCACCGUUCCACCACGGCUAGCUGUUGCUGCUGGGAGCUGUCCGGUGGAUUGGCCGGUAGCUGCGUAGUUAGCAGCAGCGUCGGUUGCUCCACAUGCUGUGGAGCUGGCUGCUGGCCUGGCUGCUAAACUGGCUGCGGAGCUGGUUGCGGAGCUGGCUGCUGUGGCUAGAACCGCCCCCGUCUGUCCCGCACAUCAUGGCGUUGGUACGCCGGUGACGCUCGGUGAGGUGGUACCCUUCCCGGAGGCCCUGCAUGAGCCCGGGUGGCUUCUCGCUGCGGUUGUGGGGUGCUAGCCCGCGUGGACCGACAUCCCUCGGCGAAACCUCUCUCGAAGAAGGUCUACGCCGUCAGGCUGGCCCGGAUCCGGGCAAAUGACGCGGUGGCUGCGCGUUCAGCCGACCAACCACUCACCGUGUUCUCCGGUCCAUCCCCUGAAAGCCUCCUGGCUUCUCGGAGCAGCUGCCCGGCCAUGGUCCGAAGCUUCUCCACGUGGGUGGCUAUCACGCCGCGGGGUGGGCGGCUAUCACGCCGCGGGAUGGCCGGUUAUUACGGUUUGGCGGAUUGUUGGCGCUUUCUGCCAUCUGAAACAAGGUAUUUAAAAUCAUGGAAUCUACAGGAAAUGUAUGGGAAAAUCUUGGAAAACCAAGAUACAUCCUAGCCCCAAUGGUAGAACAAAGUGAACUAGCUUGGCGAAUGUUAUCUCGUAAACACGGUGUUCAGUUAUGUUUUGCUCCUAUGUUACACAGCCAAAAUUUUGUUCAAGAUCGAAAAUAUCGUAAAGAAUUUUUUACUACCUGCCUCGAAGAUCGACCUUUAGUUGUUCAAUUUUGUGGCAAUGAUCCAAAAGUAUUGCUUGAAGCUGCAAAAUUAGUUGAAGAUAGUUGUGAUGUUAUAGAUUUAAAUUUAGGAUGUCCACAAGCUAUAGCUAAACGUGGAUUUUAUGGUUCUUAUCUUCAAGAUGAAUGGAAACUUAUAUUUGAGAUUGUUAAAACUUUGCGACAAAAUCUUAAAGUGCCAGUUUCUUGUAAAAUACGUAUUUUUGAAGAUGUUUCAAAAACUAUAUUGUAUGCUAAAAUGUUAGAAGAAGCUGGUUGUCAGAUGUUAUCAGUUCAUGGUCGGACUAGGGAUCAAAAAGGGAGGAUGACAGGAUUAGCUAAUUGGUGUCAAAUAAAAGCUGUAAAAGAAAAUGUAACAAUUCCAGUCCUUGCCAAUGGUAACAUACAAGUAUAUCAAGAUGUUCAAAGAUGUUUAAAGGAAACAUUGUGUGAAGGAGUAAUGUCUGCUGAAGGACACCUUCAUAAUCCAUAUAUUUUUGAUAAUCAAUCACCUCCUGUUUGGGAACCAGCACUUGAGUAUUUAGAUCUUAGCGAACAAUAUCCUUGUCCACUUUCAAAUACUAGAGGUCAUCUAUUUAAACUUUGUUACCAUUUAUUUUGUCUACCUGAGAAUGAAUUAAUUAGAGAGAUAUUGGCAAAAGGUCAAAACCGUAAUGAUUUUAGAAAUGCCAUUAUGCAAUUAAAAUUAAAAUAUUUACCGUAUCAUUUGGGUCAAAAACCAUGGGACAACAUUCAAAAUGAUUAUAACUUAAUUUUACCACCUUGGUUAUGUCAGAGUUAUGUUCGUGUAUUACCUGUAAAUAAUUUAGAUGGAAUUGAAACUCAUAAAGAAGUAAAUAAGUUAAAAACCGAUGAAAAAGAAAACUUAAAAAGAAGUAUUGAUGAUGAAGAUUGUACUGACCCUUUGAAACUAUCAAAAAAAAAAUUAAAGCAAUUGAAUAAAUUGAAAAAUAAAGAAAUUAGAUGCAAACGAAUUCUUGAAGAGUUAUGUUCGGAAUGUCGAAAUCCAAAGGGAUUAAAAUGUGAGUACAAACUUUGUAAAAAAUGUUGCCGAAAUAAAUGUUAUUUAGAAAUUGCCGACUGUGCUGGCCAUAGAAUAUUAAUAAAAACUAAGAAAAACUAUUCUUGUCAUAAACAGAAAGAUAAAGAACUGAAUUGUAAACAAAUGUGCACUGAAGUUUCAUAA